UUUGCUCUUCCUGUUUUCCACCGCAGCAGCUGGAGCGAACAGAAGGAAAACAUAAUGCGAUAGUUUGAACUUCACUCAUUCAAGGGCUGUGAUCUGUGACAGUUUGACAGACACCAGUACCAUUCCUGCAGAGCUGAGGACAGUCGGACACAAACAUGCAGUUCUCUCCCACCAACGGAGAUUUCACAUUCGUGUCUUCGGCUGAAGCUGAAGAGCUCAGCGGUACGAUCAGCACUCCUGACAUUAAACUGAACAUGGGCAGUGACGGAGGAAAAGACCCGUACGCCACCACUUUCCUGAGACAACGAGGCUACGGCUGGCUGCUGGAGGUGGAGGAGGACGACAGUGACGACAACAAACCCCUGCUGGAGGAGCUGGACAUCGACCUCACAGACAUCUAUUAUAAACUGCGUUGUGUGCUCAUGCCCAUGCCGUCUCUGGGUUACAAUCGACAGGUGGUCCGAGAUAAUCCAGACUUCUGGGGUCCUCUGGCAGUGGUGCUGUUCUUCUCCAUGAUCUCCAUCUACGGACAGUUCAGGGUUGUGUCUUGGAUCAUCACCAUCUGGAUUUUCGGAUCUCUCACCAUCUUCCUUCUGGCUCGGGUUCUGGGUGGUGAGGUGUCGUACGGUCAGGUCCUGGGUGUAAUCGGAUACUCCCUUCUUCCUCUCAUCGUCAUCGCUCCUUUACUCUUAUUCAUCGGGGGUUUUGAGCUGGUUUCAACACUAAUUAAGUGACUGUUCGGCGUGUUCUGGGCGGCGUACAGCGCUGCGUCACUGCUCGUCGGAGAUGAAUUCAAAACAAAGAAGCCUCUGCUGAUCUAUCCCAUCUUCCUGUUGUAUAUCUACUUCCUGUCACUGUAUACUGGAGUGUGAAAGUGGACCUUUUCCUGGACACACACUCGGACGCUUGGGGAUCAAAAGUCAAACUACAGAACCUGGAGAAGUUUUUUUUUAAAGGGGUUUAUUUCUUGUUUUCAGUCUGUCUGGUUCUAGACAGUAGGGGCUGAUGGGAUAUCUGUGUGUCAGUGUGUAGAGUUUGUCCCUUCUGUCUUUGGUCAAUAAACAGCGUCUGCGUUAGCAGCUGCACAUGUGCAGUACAGUCCCAGUCCCAGGCCAGUCCCAGUCCCUGUAGUUCUGCAUUUCCUGUGAAUUCACGGUGAAGAAGACAGAGCCAAAUGUGUAUUUAGACAGUGAUGCUGAAACACCGUUGGCACCAUGAGAAGGACGCUGUUGAGCCAGGCACUGUCAAAUGGAUGGAGUUGGACAGAAGGUGGUGGAUGGAGUGGAUGAGAAAACGUUUGUUUACUGAAUGUGGUGCCUUGUUUUCCCUCCCUUUAGCUGUUGUCAAGCUUUUGAUAUUCGACAUAAUCAACUGAUCAAUAUUUGGAGUAAAUGAAGAGCACUACCUGUCACUUC